UCGCCGCAGCAUGAGUGGCUCACGCGCGACCUUGCUUCGGUCGACCGCCGCCGCACGCCUUGGCUGAUCGCAGUGCUGCACACGCCGUGGCGCGCCUCUCAUGAUAUCUCCCCAUAUCUCCCCGGCGCGAGGAUGCGAGAGGACCUCGAGCCCCUCCUCCUCGCCGCGGGAACAGACCUCGUCCUCAACGGCCGCGCGCAC